AUGCCGUUGUUAUCCAUGCUGCCUUUGGUUUUAGCUCUGUCUUUUCCACAUUUGGCUCUGUCUGCCCCAAGACUUUCGGACCUAGAAAUUUGCCAAAUAGACAAUGCUAAACUGCAGCACCGGAUUCAGAUUUUGGAAAACAUGCUGGAGCUGGGGAAACUUCAGCUGAAGGACCUCAAAGAAAACAAUUAUCACUCAAUCAAAAGCAAAGUGUAUAAAAACAGCCUGACCAAAAGCCUACUGGAGGAUGUCCAGCUGCCCUCUACCUCUGGGAACCUUAUUGUUUAUAAUAAAGAUUGUUCAGCAGUAUUUGAGAGUGGAAGAAAAGAAAAUGGCUAUUAUCGCAUACUACCCAAACCACUCACUGAACCAGUCACUGUUUUCUGUGACAUGUCUGAUGGAGGGGGGUGGACCGUUAUUCAACGUCGCAGCAAUGGCAAAGUCAGUUUUAACAGGAAAUGGCAGGAGUAUAAAGAAGGGUUCGGCCUCUUUAAGCACAGGAAUGAUGAACAUUGGUUGGGAAAUGAUCGUAUUUAUCAUUUGUUGGAAUCAAGGGAAAUGACACUACAGAUUGAUCUUAUGGACUGGCAGGGGAAAACCAGGCAAGCCAUCUAUGACAGCUUCAGAAUUACAAAUGAAGAGGAUAAUUACAAGCUUUGGCUAGGAUAUUAUUCUGGGAAUGCAGGAGAUGCCCUAACUGGUGGGAAUACUUUUGAGCACCAAUGGUCUGCUUCACUCAGAGGAAUGCCCUUCAGCACUCCGGACAAGGAUAAUGACCGCUUUAUCAAAGGCAGCUGUGCCAUCGAGAACAAAUGUGGCUGGUGGUUUAACAGGUGCCAUGUGGCCAAUUUAAAUGGUGUGUAUUAUAGAAAAGGAAACUAUACCGGAACAUAUGACAACGGCAUUGUAUGGUCCACCUGGCAUGGCUUAUGGUACUCCUUAAAGUUUACGGCUAUGAAGAUAAGAAGUCCAUCGUUCCUCAGUGCUGGGAGUGGGGAUGGACUCAGUGGUUAA